CUCUACCUUUCAUAAACUAUAUUCCACCCACCGUCUCAUCCUCUCCACCUAUAAAUACCCUCCCUUCCUCUCCAUUAAGUUUGCCAAAAUUAGUAUUCGAAGCUGAGGGAAAAAAAAAACCUCUCUCUAGUGAGUGUGCUUAAAGCAAAAAUGUCCACAUCAACGUCAUCAAGGAAUAAAUCGAACGGUCCAUAUCUGCAGACUUUUUGCAGACCACCACUCUCCUCCUCCGCUUCAUCAACCUCUUCGAGUUUCUCCUCUUGCUCCUCCUCCACGUUCUUCGCCCGUGCCACUUCUCCCACACGUGUCAGCCUGUACGGACACGUCCACGGCCACUUCAAUAACAGGGACCACCAUCGAUCCUCGUCCUCGGUUCGGUUUUCUCUCGACAACCGUCCGAUCUCUCCCAACCGUUCGAUCUCAUUUACCCGACAGAUCGUCACAAAGAAAGGCAAUGCUGAAGCGUUCAACACUCCUAAGAGGACCUGCGCGUGUUCUCCAACGACACACCCUGGCUCUUUCCGGUGCGCUCUUCACAGGAGAACGAACAAUUAUCAGAGUCACAAAACGACGUCCUCUUCGUCAUCGUACCACUCGAGUGGUAGACUGAACUACAGGAGAUCAGCGAUGACGAACUCACUCGUGAGAAUCGGAGGAGUGGAAGGAGAGUUGGUCAAAAGAUCAUUGUCUGCUCUAAUAAGGCCGUCGUCUCACCACCAACGCCGCCGAGCCGCUUUCGAGCCGAGACCGAGUCGAUUCUACUUCAUGUCAAAAGCUGAAAACUCCGAAAAUUUAUGAAAGUUUGAGCGUGAUUUGAGAUUGUCAAAUGUUUAGUGGAGUGGGAGACGAGUUGACUCAGUGCUUUAACUGUAAAGCCGUGUCAAUUUUGUUUUAAAUAUUAACUUUCUUUUCUUUGUUGAGUUGACUUAGGUUAGGCAAGAUCUGUUCGGAGGAGAGCUGUAUCACAGUAAAGAGUUGUGAAAGAAAUACUAUUAUAUUAAUUGUUUUGGUAAUUAUUUAAAUUGUACGGAGAGAAAUUAUUCUUUUAUUUAAAUUCUGUGUGCCCGAUGGAUGGCGCGACUUUUAGUGCCUCUGCAAAA